AUGAAACAAGCAAAUCAGACAUUGCAUGGUUACUUGUUCGGAAAAGACGCAGCCCAAGCCAUCGAUUUGGAGCCUAAACCUGAUAUGAUGUUGCUUGAGUACAUCAGCCGCUUCGUCUCGCACCUCGACCAGGCCGACAAACUCCUGACACCACAAUCUCCUGAAUCUGCACUGUCAGCAAUCCAAAGCAUAAUAUCGAAAGGAACGCCAAGCAUCUUCGAUGUGGCCAGCGGAAUCGCAGAAGCCGGUCUCGUGCCACCGGACGUUAUUUCAAUCUUGUAUGGAUACCUCGACAGCGAGCUAAACUCACUAUCCCACCAAAACCCAGCCCCGGCCCGGAAAAUCCAUCCAAAGGCUGCCGGGGAUGCUCCCUACUCGACACUGGAGGAUACACUUCGAGCAGCAAUCUUCAUCCCAGACUCAUUCUCGUUCGGUCGCGCUAGAACACCUUUAGGCGACAGCAUUCCCAUCGACGCAGUAUGGUUUAACCUCCUUCGGGCAUCGAACGCCGAGUACGUUUCCCAUGCCAUAAACUAUAUCUCGACACUCUGCGCCGACAAACUCCUAGCCGUGAUAUCAUGGUCGCAAGACGGCCUAAACACCCAAUGGGCACUGAAAUACUGGCCCUCGACACGAGCAUUGGUGAAAGACUUCAUUGCCAUAAGCCCAGGCUUCCACGGGACACUGGUCCGGUUGCUCGUCUGCACAUCGCUGGAUCUGGUGCUAUGCACACCGUGUCUGUGGCAGCAGGGCUGGGACACGGAGUACAUCCGCACGCUGCGCGGCGACUGCGGCGACUCAGCCUACGUGCCCACGACGGUGUACUCGACUUUUGACGAGAUCGUCCAGCCAAUGUCUGGACCCAGUGCGUCUGCUAUUCUGGGUGAUGUGCGCCGCGUCGGCGUGACGAAUGUCAUCUCCUGUCGGCCUGCGCCACGAUGCCCGCUGGUGGUGUCUAUACUCACGAUGGCGUUCUGCCUGUCAGCAGGUGCUGGCGCGGGCGCUGGAUUUGAAGGAUCUGUUGGUACUGAGGGUUUGUUGCUGAUUGCCGUGGCCGGGUUGGUGCUCUACAAGCCUCAGGCGCUGGGGGAACCUCCUAUCAUGGAUUACGCGUCUUCGGAGUGA